CUUACGUAUCCAUUCGAAGCUGACAGCACUUGACGGGAUAAGCCCCGUCGACGGGGUGCGACUUAGGAAGGUAGAAGACGGUGAAAUCUCGUACGCUCGAAGUGUAGAGGCCCUGUAGAGCCUGCCACAUCUCGGCCUGGUGCAGCCGGCUCUAAGGCAUGAUCAGCGGCCAUUUUCUGAGCGAGGCGGCUUCGUUCCGGAAUCAAUCAGCCUUCUUUCUAGAUUGUAUUCAGCUAACUCGACUACGACCAGCCCUCUUGCCCUUUCCUACGAUACUGUAUGUGAGGAGCGCCCUCAUUAACGACGAACGAGAGGAGAUCCUGCAGCAAUUGCGCCUCAUUCAUGUCACGGCCAGACGAAAGCGCUCCCCAAGGAAGAGUAAACAAUGAACUUCGCACCAUACCAAGAUGAAUCUCCUGAGAUAGAACGCGCCCUUUCCCCUCCUCCUGCUAAGAGCAGACCAUCUCUGGACUCCCAACGAGUACGCUCACCACCUCCGCAGAAUCGACCUUCUCAAGCUCCCCGUACGACAUCGCAGGUGCAGUCGCAAGCACCAAGAAGUUUUGGCAAUGAUGCGUUCGCGGCGGCGCAACAAGAGAGGGGACAGAGCCUGGAAGCUUUCGAGACGAGUCUGCUCAUGAGGUUGGACUAUGAAGCUAUGCUGGCAUACCUCCUCCUUCCACCUGCCGGAGGUGUCUUUCUCCUCAUAGCCGAGCACAAGAGCGACUAUGUCAGAUUUCACGCGUGGCAGUCCAGCAUGUUGUUUUCUGCCAUCUUUGUCCUGCACCUGAUCUUGGUCUGGUCGCGGGUGCUGUCGUGGAUGUUAUUUACGGUUGAUUUGGUUUUGAUCGGGUUUUUGGCCAUGCAUGCGUAUCGGGAUGUCGAGACUUUGGAGCAUUACGAGGUACCUUUCUUUGGGCGUCUGGCGAAUUCUUUUGUGGACGAGGAGUAGGUCUCCAGUCACGUUGUUAUCCCAGAACAAAGAGCCUCUAAAAGGCGUACGAAUUGGGCUUCGAGUUUCAGGAAUCCUGCUAUCCAGGCUCUCCGCUUAGCAAACCCAUACGCUUCAAGACUUCAAGCUUUGUGGAAUGGACGGCAGCGAGCUGUCAGGGAAAGGGAUUGGCACGUGUCGCAGACAUUUAGUAAAGGCAGGAGAGGUGUACACCCAUAUUCCUGGGGCCUGAAGUCUGCUCAGAGCCAGAGAUCCCUCUGUGUAUAGGUUUAUCAAGAAAUGAUACUUUGAGCCACAAGCCGAGAUCCAUAUCUGAGGGACUUUGAGUGCACUCAUUGUUCUUGAUUGAUCCCGGCUCUGGCUGUGAUGGUGG